ACAUUAUUGGCAGCCCAUGUUAGCCUCGAGUGUGCUAAAAAUCAAACUUUCGCUCUGAAAAACACUUUGAUUACCUUCAUCAAGUUUAUUGACCGAGUGUUCGAAUCCAGCAAAGUUUGAUCUACUUCAACAGAAAAGUCCAGGAAAUCCUCAGAAGAUCACGUCAGCAUGGCUGCCAUCGCAAAAUAUUUACACACAUCCGUUUACUACUCCUGAUGUAUUGCUGAGAAGCACAGCCGCUGUUAUGGGGUACAGUCUAUAUUUAUUGUAUUGAGCUGAAUAAACCAUGUUUGUCCUGCAGCAGCCACUGGGCCCUGCUGUGUGGGGUCCCCAUGUUCUCUGUGUAGGUGGGCUAAAGCUAACCGAUUAUUCUAACAUGAGCCCGUCUCUGUGUGUGACGGAAGGACUGGUACACGUGGCCAUUAUAAAACCUCUAGCUGAGGCGUACCCACACCUCCCACCACAUGGCAGCUGUGAUAGACUCCAGCCUGACCAAGACUUGGUAGGUGGAAGAAGAUGCAUAGAUACACUAUAUUAAAAAGACUAGUUUGUUAUAUAUUCUUUAAUUUAAUUCUUAAUGUUAAGAAUUAUCAGGUUGCAUGUAAUUUACAUUUGGAAACAGACUCUAGUUUUUAUCUCGUUUUUAGCCAAAUUCUUCUUCAUAGCCAAUGUUUUACUAUGAGUAGAGAUAACAUGAGGACAAUAAAAACAAAAAAAAACAAAAACGUAUGUAAGUUAUAAAAGCUGAGGAUCUCAGACUUAUCCAGCAUGCAGAGCUCAGUGACCGUGUGCUUCCUCCUCCUCGUCUUUCCCGUCAACGCACACGUCGUGGAAAACUUCAAUGAGGUUUGCGCGUCAGUGCAUUCAUAAAGAUGAUAAGAUGGUUUCUGUGUGUGUUUAAACCUGGUUUCUGCUGCUCUGUUGUGUAGGACUGCAUGGAAUACUUUUACAACGGGCAUGUGCCAACCUGGACUUCCAAUAAUCACGUCCACAUCUGCCAGAAGUUUAAUAACUGCUACCACUUUGCCACCCUGUACGACACCACCAACCGCAUUCCCGUCUACUCUGCUUACAUAGUUGAGGAUGGAAAAAGCUCCGAUCACAGCUGGAUGGUGGAGCCUCAGCUGGUGAAACAGGAGUUUGAAAAGAAGAUGAUGACACAGGAUUCAGUGAAACACAAACAUCCUACACUAGACCCUAAGGAAAUAGGAAAGAGGCAGGCAACAGAUGAGGACUACGAAGAACUUGAACAAAACAAAGAUCAAUACAAAGAUCAAUACAAUCAUGGUCACCUCAACCCCAGCUCACAUCAUGCAGGUGAAGCUUCCAAAGCCACUAUGACCCUGACUAAUAUAGUUCCCCAAAGAAAAAAGCUGAAUGAAAAAAAGUGGAGUCUCCAUGAGGCCAAACUCAAAGCUUUGGCCAAAGAUAACUCCGUCUACGUUCUGGUCGGUGCGAUUCGAUCAGAAGGAAACUGGAUCAAAAGAGAUAAUGAGGCUCGUGUCAACAUCCCAGACUACAUGUGGGUCGCCUACUGCUACUAUGACCAGACAUCACAGUCUUAUAAGAGUGGGGGUGCCACAGCUAAGAAUGUUGAGAACAAGAUCUACGAGUGCACCGUGUCACAGCUUCAAGCCUUUCUUGAAAAACACAAACAAGUUGCAGGUCAGCUGUUUGACAACAACUGCUAUGUGGAGCAGGCUGCAGGCGCGUCUGCUGCUGCAGGAAAUCCUUGUGACAUAUAGUCCAGAAAUACUCACGAGAUCACUGAUCUCUGCAGAGUCAUGCAGCUCAUCCUUUCCUCAGCACUGCACACAUGAACUCAUGUAAACAGUUACUGUGAUCUUAACUGUGUCGCACAAAUGUCAGCACAUGUUUAUGGUGCAGGUGAACACAUGCUGUCAUGCUUACAGGCUGCUUUACUCUGAGAGCAGCUUCACUGCAGCUUGUUGCUUAUUAAAAUCUGAUGAAAUGCUCAGUGUCGCGUGUUUGUGUGUUCAGUCCAAAUCAGCAAGUGUGACAAA